AUGUCUACACGUCUAGGAAAACGACGUAGCAGAAAUAAAGGCCCAGAUGCAACAAACAAAUUUCCAACAGUCUAUCCAACUACUCGAUGUCGUUUAAAACUGCUCAAGAUGGAGCGUAUCAAAGAUUACUUGCUGCUUGAGCAGGAGUUUGUAUCAAAUCAAGAGCUAAUGAAGCUUGAUUCUGAAAAACGAGAUCCAAAAGGAGAGGAUGAAGAUGAUGAUAAAUUACAAAGUUUAAUUGGAAGUCCUAUGGGUGUCGGAACACUAGAAGAAAUGAUAGACGAAGACCAUGCAAUUGUGUCAUCAGCAACAGGACCAGAGUAUUAUGUGUCAAUUAUGUCGUUUGUAAAUAAGGAUCUUUUGGAGCCGGGAUGUUCUGUAUUAUUACAUCACAAGGCAGUGUCAAUCGUCGGCGUAUUAAGCGACGAUAUUGAUCCAAUGGUAUCGGUUAUGAAGCUAGACAAAGCACCGACAGAAUCCUACGCGGAUAUUGGCGGUCUUGAAUCACAGAUUCAAGAAAUUAAAGAAGCAGUUGAACUACCACUAACACAUCCUGAAUUAUACGAAGAAAUUGGAAUCCGACCACCCAAAGGCGUCAUUUUAUACGGAGAACCAGGGACAGGGAAGACAUUGCUAGCAAAAGCAGUGGCAAAUCAAACAAGUGCGACGUUUUUGCGUAUUGUCGGCUCAGAGCUCAUCCAAAAAUACUUGGGCGAUGGACCAAAAUUCGUUCGUGAGCUCUUUCAGACAGCGCAAAAUAAUUCACCAUCUAUUGUUUUCAUUGACGAAAUUGAUGCAAUUGGAACAAAAAGAUAUGAUUCUACAUCAUCAGGAGAACGCGAAAUCCAACGAACAAUGCUGGAGCUUCUGAACCAAUUAGACGGUUUUGACGAUCGCGGAGACGUUAAGGUUAUUAUGGCUACAAAUCGAAUUAAUGAUUUAGAUCCAGCACUUAUUCGUCCAGGAAGAAUGGACAGAAAAAUUUUAUUCGAAACACCAGAUCAAAACACAAAACGUAAAAUCUUUCAAAUUCAUACAAGUAAAAUGAAUCUCGGCGAUGAUGUAUCUAUCGAGGAGUUUAUAACGGCCAAAGAUGAAAUGAGCGGUGCAGAUGUAAAGGCAAUCUGUACAGAAGCAGGCUUAAUGGCUCUUCGUGAGCGUAGAAUGCGUGUGAUUGCAGAAGACUUUAGAAAAGCCAAAGAACAAGUAUUAAAAACUAAACAAGAAGAUAUACAGGGUGAACUUUAUUUAUAA